GAACCUCCCACUUUCUUCUGCUAUCACAUGCCCCUCCGCCACCGCUCCUCUGACGUCAUUCACCUUGUUGAAAAGAAGACCCAAUAUCCCCCAAGCUCACGAAAAAACGCUUACCCGAGCGAAGUUCGAAUCUGACAAGCAAGAACCACCGAACCCACCGUUAGGCCAGCACACAAGCAGGCGGCUCUCAUCUUCUCCUUGGCAGAUGGAGCUAGCUACGAAUGAUGAGAAAGUGCGGUACCUACUUUAAUGGGAAAUGCUGUAAGCUCCGGCUUUGCGAUAUGACUCACGUUGCAAUGUUCUAAGAUCAUGCUUCUGGAAAGCGGAAUUAACAGAAUAUGCUAAAGUUGCGAUGAACUCUAGCGCGCCAAGUAAGCCAAGAUGUCCCAGUAGAUAAGAGUCAAGGAACGGUAAAGCAGCAAGUUCAUGUCUUUCUUCCUAAGGUAGUUCAGUUUACACAGCUGAGUGCUUGUGCAAGGAAUCGUUUUUCAUCGGUAUGACCAAGGAAGAGAAUGAAUUUCAGUUUAAAUUCAGCCAGGGCAAAUAAGUCAUUUUUGUGCAUUGUUAUCCACAGCCAAGGACCCGGGGCCGCAAACUCAUUUUACCAUUUGGUGGGACUUUUGGGUAAUAAGAAUGGUUAUGGGGACCUUAGCAGUGACACCCCCCCCCCCCCGGUUUGUUAGAGUGAAGCUUUAGGAGCAUUACAUAUUGAGGGUUGGCUUAAACCCACGGUCACAAUUUCUGUGAAAAAAAGAGAAUAGGUUUCUAUAAAGUUUCAUUUCAGAAACUUUCUGACUAUAUUUUGAAAUAACUUCUCUAUUUCCCCAGUUGAAUUCAUUUAGACUGGUUUCAGUUAUGGUGGAAGGCUUACUGUUUUGAAUUUUUGAUAGUGCAACUAUUGAAAGUAGUUCGUACUCAGUUUUCUUUGUUGGAUUGUGCGAAUAUUUGUGCUGAUUAUGAAGUAGUGAGGCAUUAAUGUUCCUCCAAUUCUUUCUCUUGAAAUGAAGUUAAGCUUAAGCAGUUUAUAUCGAUCUUCUAACUUACCUACAAUCCUUAAAUCGUCUGCUUACAGUAGUUCUUGUCGACCCUUUUGUUUUUCCUCGCUAUCAUCCCCACAAACAUCUCUGAAACCCCUAAUUCCGCUUUUUCUGAGGCCAUCCAAAUACUCAGCCACACUGCAUGACCUCAAAAAGUGGCAUGACUGGGCCAAAAAUCUUGCAGAAUCAAUGGGGUCAACCUUUGAGCAGACUGACAAUGGGCCAGACUCAAGUCUUCUGUGUAGGGAGCUCAAAUGGCUACUGGAGGAUGCUGUUGAAGACCACACUCUCUUUUCCCAAAUGGGUGUUCAAAAUGAUAGGAGAGUAACGAUAAGGGCAGAGGUAGAUGAUCUUUACAAUCUAUGGAGGCAGAGAAUCCAUGAGAGGAGGCCUUUUCAGUACAUAGUUGGAUGUGAACAUUGGAGGGAUUUGGUGUUGAGUGUCCAAGAGGGUGUCUUGAUUCCUAGGCCUGAGACAGAACAUAUUGUCAAUUUGGUGUCCGAUGUGAUCUCAAAAGAUGAUGAGUUGAAAGGAGGGGUUUGGGCAGAUUUGGGGACAGGAAGUGGUGCUCUUGCUAUUGGAAUUAGUAGGAUUUUGGGGACUGAUGGGAGGGUUAUUGCCACAGAUUUAAACCCGGUAGCAGUUGCUGUAGCAGCUUACAAUGUGCAGAGGUAUGGUUUAAAGGAAAUUAUUGAAAUAAGGGAGGGAUCAUGGUUUGAACCGGUGAAGGAUGUAGAAGGAAAGCUUUCAGGUCUUGUAAGUAACCCACCAUAUAUUCCAAGUAAAGAUAUUUCUGGUCUGCAAGCUGAAGUUGGAAGACAUGAGCCAAGAGUUGCUUUAGAUGGUGGCGUUAAUGGCAUGGACGCUCUUCUCCAUCUUUGUGAUGGGGCUGCUUUAUUCUUGAAGCCUGGUGGAUUUUUUGCCUUUGAGACAAACGGUGAGCAGCAGUGCGGGGCUCUUGUUGAUUACAUGGAAAAUUAUAAAAGCAGAAGCUUAUGCAAUUUUGAAAUAGUUCCUGAUUUUGCUGGUAUUCAGAGAUUUGUGACUGGAUUCCGUCGACAAGCAAGUUGACUUGGAAAUAGACGUGUACAUUUGUAGAAAAGAUUCAGAAACGUUGAACAGAGAGAUUCACAACUUGUUCAACUGGGAGAUGCAAAUUUUCUUCUCAACAUUUUGAGCUCUACUUGCUAUGCCACUGAUCAAUGUGAACUUCUGACUUUUUAUAUGAUAAAUUACUCGGACUUCUGAUGAUGUGAAGGGUAUAUUAUAUACAAAAAACUUCUUCUGAAAAUAGGAAGGAGGCAUGUAAAAUUCUUGCAGACUGUAAGAAUUUGUUUUUUUGGGUACAAAGCAAACUCUAAGAGAAUUUGGUGUAGCUUAUUUAUAGUUUUCAAGGAAGGUUUGUGUUAAUUUUUUUGAAAAUAGAAGGAAUGUUUAUGUGAUAAAAUUCAGGGCAAGAUAUUGUAAUUUACCUUUUA